AUGACAACAAGUACAGAAACCCCAGAAAAUAUCUCUACCUCCCCAAAUUCAGAAACCCUCGAUGAAAAACCAGGAAGUGCCGAACUCGACGCCCCAAGCACCACUCCCCCAGAUGAAGAAAUCCAAAUCUCAAAAGAACUCGACCAACUCAUUACCAAGAAAUUCGAUCGCCACAUCGUUCCUUGGCUAUUCGGCCUAUGGCUCUUGGCUUUCAUCGACCGCUCCAACAUUGGCAAUGCGAAAAUCGAUGGAUUAGCUGCCGAUUUGGGGAUCUUAACGGGAACAAAAUUUAACAUCGCGCUGGCUAUCUUCUACGUUCCGUAUAUAUGCGUGGAUAUCCCCUCAAACUGGCUCGUCAAGCGCAUAGGCGCAGGCUACUACCUCCCCGCCCUAAUCAUAGGCUGGGGCCUCAUAAGUCUCUGCAUCGGCUUUGUCACCACCUGGAAAUCCCUGCUCAUCGCGCGAUUUUUUCUCGGUCUCAUGGAAGGCGGUCUCCUAGGUGGUAUAAUCAUCUACCUCGCCAUGUUCUAUCGUCGUCACCAGCUCAUGCGACGGAUUGGUCUCUUCUACUGCGCUGCCCCUCUCUCCGGUGCCUUUGGAGGUCUCCUCGCUACGGGCCUCUCGGAGAUAAAAACAAAGGGGUAUAACGGAUGGCCCGUAAUCCUGGUCACCUCCCUCUCAGACCACUUCAAGCGUCGCGGACUCUUGAUGCUUAUCUGCGCUAGUAUCGCAAUCGUCGGUUAUAUAAUGCUCAUCGCAACCUCAAGACCUCACGUUCAAUACGGCGGUACAUUUCUCGUUGCCGCGGGAAGUUUUGCGUGUCCGCCUGUUGUUAUGGGCUGGCUAGCAAACAAUACCUCCCCCCACUACGUACGGGCCUCGGCCUCCGGUCUUCAAAUCGGCCUCGCCAACAUCGCCGCCUUUAUCGCAACAUUCACCUACAUCGCCGCCGACGCCCCGCGCUACAUCACCGGCCACGCCAUCAAUCUCGGUAUGUUGGGUUUGUGCUUGGUGGUGACGAGUAUCACGAUGGGGUAUUGUAAGUGGGAGAAUGGGAAGCGGGAACGGGGAGAAAGGGAUGGGAGACUGUUGGAGGGGAAUACCGAGAUGUUGGGGCACAGACAUCCGGAGUUUAGGUAUACUGUUUGA